AUCGAUCAGAUCUGUUUCCUCUGUCUGUGCAGUGGUGUUUCGAAAAGGACAGAGAGGGCGUGACCUUGGUGCAGGCCUUCUAGGAGAUCGCAACUUUAUUUUUACUGCCAGCCAAGUAAGAACAUCAUUUCAGCAACAAAAUGGCCUCACCACCAGCAUCUUCUUCCAGUAAAAAUACGAAGUUUCUCCCUUCCCUCCCCUGGCCCGAUGAUUUUGGGUGCGAAAAGUCCAUUCUGCAGCGGUACCCCGCCCUGUUCCUGUGCAUGCGGUCUCUGCUCCCGAUGUGGUUCCCGGAUUUCCAUGGAGAAGCGGAACAUGCGAUAGUGCGGAUAAAGGAGGACUUUCUUGGUGCAGGAAGCAGUAGUUCUGAUGCAGUUACUAUCGAACGACCAUCACGCGACAUUAGUGCUCUUGCAACAUCAUCGCCAGGUAGAAGUUCUUCUAUCGGAGUAGAUGACGAGCACGAGAACUACGUUGCCUACGUCAACGAUUCCUACGCAGUGCAGCAACGGAUCGCCGAAAAUACCCGGCUGGCUUUCAAUCACAAGGUCUUGUCGACAGGAGCACCACACGAUGUUGG